UCUCUCUCUCUCUCUCUCUCUCUGUCUCUCUGUCUCUCUCUCUGUCUCUCUCUGUCUCUCUUAUCCACACUCCAAUUCUUCCCUUUCACUCACCAUGACUCAACCUUCAACUAUCAAACAACGCUUCCUGUCCAAGCCCGGAAACCUGGGUGUGGUCGCAGUCGGCUUCAAUGGCGGCCAGUGCAAGCUUGGCGUUGAGGCUGCCCCUAUGGCCCUGGUCGAGGCUGGUCUCCUCGAUCAACUCCGCGACGACCUUGGCUAUACCCUCGACUAUGACAACACCGUCCACUACUACGAAAACCAGAUCCCGGCCGAGGACCCCGACCACCGCGGCAUGAAGAAGCCGCGCGCUGUGAGUGCCGUGACCGAAGCGCUGAGCGCCCAGGUCUACGAGAAGGCCAAGCAGGGUCAGAUGGUCUUGACGCUGGGAGGUGAUCACUCGAUCGCCAUCGGAUCCAUCUCCGGCUCAGCCAAGGCUACCCGCGAACGCCUGGGUCGGGAACUGGCCGUCAUCUGGGUUGAUGCGCAUGCCGAUAUCAACAUUCCGGAGAUGAGUCCUAGUGGAAACAUCCACGGUAUGCCCAUGGCGUUCUUGACUCGCCUAGCCCGCGAGGAGAAGAAGGAUAUCUUCGGCUGGUUGCAGGAUGAGCACAUCGUCAGCACCCGUAAGCUGGUCUAUAUUGGUCUGCGUGAUGUUGAUCGCGGCGAGAAGCAAAUCCUUCGGGAGCAUGGCAUUAAGGCCUUCAGCAUGCAUGACAUUGACCGGUACGGCAUUGGCCGUGUGGUUGAGAUGGCUCUGGCCCAUGUUGGAAAUGAUACCCCUAUCCACCUUUCAUUCGACGUCGAUGCUCUGGAUCCACAGUGGGCUCCCAGCACCGGUACUCCCGUGCGUGGCGGUCUGACUCUCCGUGAGGGUGAUUUCAUCUGCGAGUGUGUGCAUGAGACGGGCAACCUAGUCGCCAUGGACUUGGUGGAGGUCAACCCCAGCCUGGAGUCAGUAGGCGCCUCCGAAACCAUUCGGACCGGUUGCUCGUUGGUGCGCAGUGCUCUGGGUGACACCCUCCUAUGAGCUGAUGUAGACUUAUCGACGGGUAGAUGGCGAUUGGAUGGGAAAUUUUCUUAUUUAUUUUAUUUUAUUUUUUUUUUCUUACUAUUAUUACAUUAUGUUUAGAUAUGACCAAACGGUAUUAGGAUGUGUA